UCGUGUUCAAUUCAAGAUCAAGUGCUGUUGAAGACGAUCAUUCUCAGUUUGCUUUUGGAAUGUAGAAGACCAUCUCUUUCUUUCCUUUGUUGUUUGCUUUACUCGGAUUGUCCUCGGCGGAGAAGCUGCCUUGAACGCGAAAUGGCGACUCUUGAAAUUCGGAUAAAGCGUGCAAACAAGACCUUCAAAGAAGGCGAAAUUAUUGCUGGCGUCCUGGUAAUAAACAGCAAAAGUGAAAUAGCUCAUAAUGGCAUCAAUCUUAGCAUGGAGGGCACAGUCACCUUACAGCUCAGUGCACGAAGUGUGGGACUCUUCGAGGCUUUCUAUAAUUCGCUAAAGCCGAUAACACUCGUCGACAAUAGUAUGGUAAUGGCUAAGCCGGGUAAGCUACCGGCUGGUAAAACGGAGAUCCCGUUCGAAAUACCACUUAAGGCUAAGCCGAACCGAACACUCUAUGAAACGUAUCAUGGCGUAUUUGUCAACAUCCAGUACCUGCUCAAAUGUGAAAUGAAGCGGACAUUGCUCGCUAAGGACCUCACCAAGCAGACUGAGUUCAUUCUUGAGUACCGUGAUCAGAAGGAGAAGGUAACCGUGUCGCCAGUGGAUUUCUCUGUCUCGCCAGACUCAUUGACAAACGUCAAGGAGAGAGCCAACGUGCCCAAGUUCCUCGUGAAGGGAACGCUAGAUUCUGUAUCGUGCAAGAUCAUGGACGCGCUGACAGGCAAUGUGAGAGUGGAGAACUCCGACAUUCCAAUCAAGUCCAUUGAGCUGCAGCUUGUUCGCGUCGAGACCUGCGGAUGUGCUGAAGGCUACGCAAAGGACGCUACUGAAAUUCAGAACAUCCAGAUUGCAGACGGUGACGUGGCACGCGGUGUUUCAAUUCCCGUCUUCAUGAGCUUCCCGCGUCUGUUCACGUGCCCGACAAUUGCAACAAACACAUUCAAGGUUGAGUUUGAGGCCAACGUCGUCAUUGUUCUGCAAGACGACCAUCUUAUCACGGAGAACUUCCCAAUCAAGCUGCUGCGCUUCUAGAAACCCACGCCUGGCCUGCACUGGGUGCUCGGCAUGGGCAUGCAGCACUGGAGGAAGAGAGAAAGAAAGAAAGAAGCUGUGACCCAUCCACUUGCUGGCAAGUGGUGUGUGUGUGUACAGUGAAGUGAGUGAUUAGCAGUUUCUACUCAUACUAAUGGCUUGUAUUGCAUUGUGUAAAAGGCCGCCUUUUUUUGAUAUACGUUUAGAAUCAAUUCUUUAGUGACCCAGCUAAACACGUUCCUGAGCAUGUCGGACCCAAGCCAAUGAGAGAUUCCCUUCAUGAAAUUAUUCUUCAUAUUCGAAACAUUCUCUGCAUGCAACGUUAAUUUUACGGAAGCAGUCCCGUCUUCUUCAUGCCUGCUGGUGAUUUCUUGCAAGGAUGAAACGUUCUUCAAAAAUCCUCACAAUCAUUAUUCGCUGCUAUGGAAAUUCGUGAGAGAGUCUAUCGUUACUCUUUAGUGAACUCAUUCUAACGCCGUCUACGCACGGUUCUGCCCCACUUCCGUUCUCACACACGCACACACAUUACCACAUGUUUCCAUGACAGCAAAUGCUCUGGUCAGAAGGUAACGAUUUCAAUAGUGGACAAGUACUGUUGUUCUGUUGCAAAUACCUUGACUAUAUUGCCAAAUAUUUAAAAAAAAGAUUUUUCUUGUU